AUGGAUGUGGUUUCACGGGCCCUCGAGGCUCCAAUACCACUUUCGAUCGCCAUCCUCUCGGAUCUGGGGAAGGGCGCAUUGCGACAGGCAUUGCGACAAGCCGACCAAGUCCCCCAGUUGCAAACUCUUUGGAAGGGGCUCAUUCUCACCGUCCGAGAUCCUCAAGUUCUCGACAAACACAUUACGGCUGCUUGCAAUGCCCUGUGUGUAUUUAUCAAUGCCAGUGCUGCAAGUCCCUGUGCUGAGCUCCGUUGCUUCACAAUCUCGAGAGAAGUAUGGCUCGAUGCUUUUCAAUGUGCCCAUAAAGCUUUCGACGACGGGAUGACGAAGCCGGCUUUUCAAGUGUUGGAGACUCUGUGUGAUAUGCUCAAAGAAAUGUCUGAUACGGAAGUAGACAGCAUCAUGACAAUUGCUGUUCCACCCUUAGUCGAGAUUGUGCUUCUGUGCUCACCUCGGUCUGGCCUCAAGAAAGCUUGUCUCAUGCUGGCUGGGUUCGUUCGAAAGACUCAGGUCCAUGACUAUCUCGAACGGUUCGUUGAAAAAACAACCACAAGUUAUGCACUGGCUUGGAAAGAACGUCUAGUCGAGCAUCAUAUUACAGUAAUGGACUUGUCAGAGAUAGGAAACGGUAGUAUGCCUUCUCUUCUUCUUGCCCUGAUCUUUGCAAGCAUUGACGUCAACACAAGAAGUACAGCCAUCAAGACCUGCUCUGCCCUUUGUUCUCGUGGACCAGCACGACCAGGUCGCCCCAGUCUUCAUGAUCUAGUGGAGAGCGUCAUUGGACUAUACUUGGAGAGGAACCAUGAAGCACUCGGUGACUUCGCUCAGAACAUUCUGCCGGUCGUCCUGGACGACAAGCACAGGUUUGCUGCUUUUGCCAGACUGCACGCAAGAGACUCCUGCGAAAGCGAGGCGCGAUUGGCACUGUUUCUUUCUACAUUACGUGCCGGUGUGUCAAAGAGCCUGUUAACGGAGGGAGAAACUUUAUCGAUUUUUAAUUCUGCCUUCCCAGAGGAUCGACAUUCGACCGAACAAGAUCCAUACCGCUGGUUCUCACAUAUAUUCAAGCUGUCAAGCUCAGAAAUUCAAAUAUUGACGUAUGGGCUUUUGACAGCAUCGGCUGCUGCUAAUUCAAUUGUCCCUGAGGGCGCUCUAAACUGCAUCAGUCUAGGCUUGCGGUACCUUCAUGAUGAUGCGGACGCUCAUGAGAGAGGAGAGAUUAUGAGUGUCACGAAGAGACUGCUGAGAAGAAUCCAAGCAGGGUGCUCGGCACUCCUAAAGCAGAAACAGAACGGGUCCGUCUCUGAAGCAGAUGUGGUUGUUGCGUCGUAUCGCCGUUUUACAUCAAGUUACUACCACUUUUUACGAGCCGAGUUGAGCAGUGGAGUCUCAUAUCCACGCCACAUACUGGCCUUGCAAUCCCUCCAGUGCCUUCUCGACUCCAGAUUAGAGAUUGGCACAUUCUCAAGUGACUCAGAGCUCAUGACGUACUUGUGCAAUCUCAUUUUGGACCCUUUCGAGGAUGUCAGACAAGCGUCGACAGCUCUUCUCCAUUGUCUCGCCUCAGAAACACCAGAAGUAUUGUCUCUGGCUAUCAAUCCUGGACUGCUGCACGGCGUAGAGUCUCUAGUUGUUCAGACUGGCAGGAGCGAUCAUGCAGACGGGAUGGGAAGACUCUGGGCAAUACGCUCCCACCUGAAUCGUAUCCUUCAAUCCCAGCAAAAUUCCGCCGAGACAGCACUGUUGAGAUGCAUAACGCAGUUAGAAGCUCAGCUAUCUAUUGAAGGAAGCUUGCAGCCCGGAUCAAUCUACCCCUUACAUGGUUACUUAUUAGGGUUGAGUUUUCAACUCCGUGGCUUCGAGGCCAACGACAAACAGGCUACUAAAUUUGAUGCUGCACGGAUCUUGAGGGUAUGUUCUCAGGUAUGGGAUCAAGUCAGAUCCCAAUUAUGUGUUGAUUCUCCGGAAAGAACUUCGGACCUGGCCGACGACGACGGCACACAGGGCCCUAAAGACAUGCUCGCUUAUUCUUGGAGAGCUUUGCGUGACUCAAGCCUCGUUCUUCAAUCGUUGCUGUUGGCAUCUGGUCCCGAUAAAGAUCUAUAUUCGGCUAUUGGGUCUCUCUGCAUGGACCAACUAAUGUCACUUCGACAUAGAGGUGCAUUUUCGACAGUAGCGAAUACCUUCCUUCUGUGUUGCGAGACUGUCCGUACCUCGACCGAAGCCGGCGUCCGUGGUCUUCUCCAAGAGUGGUACAGAAUCGCUUUAGCACAGAUCGAUGAACAGGCUGAUCGUCUCACACGCCGCUCAGCUGGAUUGCCUGCAAUGAUCACGGCGUUGCUCAGCCCUUCGGAUAUGGUGGUUUUCUCUUCUGCGAUAGCAGAUCUGACGACCAUCGCCAAACAAACAGCGGAGAAGACGGCUUCAGAUAUAGGAGAACCAAGACUACCCCAAGUGCAUGCCUUGAAUAUUCUUAAAGACAUCAUGACAACAUCGAGGUUUGCAGCUGUUGUGGUUCACUUUUUAUCAUCGAUAAUUGAGCUAGCGGCGUUUUGCCUCACUUCAAAGAUUUGGGCCAUUAGAAACUGUGGCCUCAUGCUUCUCAGAGCGUGCAUCAACCGCAUCGAUUCCUCCAACGUUUUCGAGAAUGCUGACACCAUCUACUCGACGGAACUAGUCUUCAGGGAGACGUCCUCCUCGAUUGCCGUUCGCAUGCUUCAGUCAGCACACCAAAUUCCGCAUGCUGCGGCUAAUGACACGAUUGACCCUACUGAGCUCGUGUUUGCAGCCUUGGAUCUGCUUGGACAUGCUAAGAUCACUGCUAGUAAAUCUGCAGAAAUUGAUGUUGUGAUUGCUCGAGAGUUGUCAAAUCCAGCAUGGGCUGUACGAGACCAUGCAGCGUUUUUGAUGUCGCAUCGUUUGUCCCCAUUGGGCACCGGACACGCAGUUCAUAAAUUGUUCGAAGCGACUGCAACCCUGUCAUGCGAAAAUGGUAUCCAUGGACGCUUGCUCUGCUGCAGAUACAUCAUGGAGGCGGGCACCAAUUCUUUGAACAUCAAUGAGCUAGGAAUCCUGUUGGAGCUCCUGGCGAAAGACUUUGCACCAAGCAGUACGGCAACAGCUUGGUCUCCAUAUGUCAAUGCCGCUUGGCUGGACAUUCUUAAUGAUGCCAGCGUGCUUAUCUGGAACCGCAAAUGGCCGUCCCGCAUGCUCUGUGUGCACCAUUUCCCCGACGAAGUGCAAGCAUUACAGAGCAGGAUAUCUGUUCAUAGCCCUUUUUUGACGCAAAGGCUGCUUUUAUACAAAGUAUUCUGCUACAUGUUCUCUGAUAUCACACCAUCGCAGAUAGAGACGAGAAAAGGCCUUGUAUGCCAGUUUGCGGACGAUCCAGAAGCACUACGCGUCUUCUUGGAAACUGUGCAUACCAAAAUCAGCGGCCGGCCAACUCCUACCUUGAUCAACUUGUUGGUAUCUUUGAUCAGCGAGAAUUAUAGUGCGCUUAUGGGUCAGCCAGAAGUGCUCGAGAGAGCGUUCGCUUGCUUGGAGAGCUGCCUUGCUUCGGACCUCAAACCUGACCUGAGCUUGUUGAUGCCACUGCUCGACAAUAUUAAACUGCAAGAACUUGCAACGUCCAGAGGGCUGUGGACUACGGCUUUGAAGCUGGAGGCGCACAUGUUAAGGUGCUUCAAGUCAGAGCAUAUGGCGGAUUCCGCUAGUAUGAAGCGUACUCAGCUAUGGCUUGACGCUGUUGGAUAUGCCUCGAAGGACUAUCUCGAGUUCCCUUCGAGGUUGAGUGCGGCAGUUGCGCUUUCUACUUACAUUGGGCAUGUUAAGUCAACCAUGGAGAAUUCUUAUGAGAAAAGGCUCUGGCCCCGUUUACUUGUUCUUCUCUACGAUCUCUUGAACGAUGACGAUGAAGAAGUGCGUGCCGAAGCCGUCACAGCUGCAAAUAUGUUGAGUUUACAACAUAUGCCAAUCAUUUCAAAUUUGGGGCUUUGUCCUCUUGCGAUCAGAGAAGCUCUUAUCGAGGAACUCUGCCAGGAGAGUGUACGCUCACAUUACCCAAUAGAGGCUAUACUAAAUAGAUAUUUGCGGAUUGGGCGGGAUGUUCAGGGUGAUCUUGAGGAUGAUCACAGCUUGCAUCUGUUCGAGCAUUCGGUCUCGUCAAGGCUCACCGAGAUCGUUCGGUCGAAGAACGAUCUAUUCGCGGAGGAGAGGCAGAACCUCUACGUCGACGAUGUACGUGAGCUCGAUAUCUGGUCAUAUGUACUGUGCCAGUACUCUUUUCACCUCUUACCAUCGAGGCGACUUCAACUGGUCUUGCGAUGGGCGUGUGAAGGACUUGAUCAGAUCGCGAACAUGAUGGGGCGCGUGGGUCCCUCGUCCACCAACUUGACAUUAUCGCAUCCCCUUGGAGUUACAUAUGAUCACGACUUUUUGGUGGUGUUUGUGCAGGUCGUAAAUCUUGCGGGUGCACUACUACAUUGUCGACUGAAUGCUAUACCUGGGAAUGAGUUACAUGAGAAAUUGGAGCACAUUCACCAGUCGUGUCGCGAUACUUAUGGCAAUCCGGUUGCUACUGAAGCAGUGAAUCGGGCACUUGAGAAUUCAAAGUGA